AGAAAUCAAAAGGAAUUAUCAUGGCCGGCAGGCAAAUCAAAGAGGAAAGCAUCCUCAUGUGGUGCUAGUAUGAUGUCCUUUUCAUCAUCUGAAUCCUACCAAAGCAAAAAAACCAGGAAACCUCCUCCUUACGGUCUUGUUCCUUACAAUCUGGACCUUCUCUGUCUCUCCUCCCUUCGGCCUAAGAAUCCAUGGAUGAAGACUGUGAUUACUUGUUCAAGCUGGUGUUGAUCGGAGACUCAGCAGUGGGAAAAUCUAACCUCCUCUCACGGUUUGCUCUCAAUGAGUUUCGCCUCGAUUCGAAGCCCACCAUAGGUGUGGAAUUCGCCUAUAGAAACGUCGUCAUAGCCGACAAGCGCAUCAAAGCACAAAUAUGGGACACCGCUGGCCAAGAACGGUUGGGUUCCAGAUACAGGGCGAUCACGAGCUCAUACUAUAGGGGUGCGCUCGGGACACUCUUGAUAUACGACGUAACAAGGAGGGGCACGUUCGAGAACGUGGGGCGAUGGCUAGAAGAGGUCAGGUCCCAUGGAGACUCAGACAUGGUUGUGGUUCUAGUGGGCAACAAAUCGGACCUUGAGCAUGCUAGAGAGGUUCAAAUGAAGGAGGGACAAAAUUUUGCAGAGAGAGAAGGAUUACACUUUAUAGAAACAUCAGCUCUCCAGAAAACAAACGUAGAGGACGCAUUCAUGACGAUGAUUACACAAAUACACAACCUGACCACAAGAAGAACUCUUGAAGCUAAGGAGGGAGAGGUGGCUCACUUGGGGCCUAAAAGUGGCCAAACCAUACUCAACAUAGACAACGAAGUGUAUGCCACAACUAAGAGAGAGAAUUGUUGUUCAUAGCCUUGAAUGAAGAGCCCAGCCCCCAACAAAAAAAAAAAAAGGGGAAAAAAUGAAAAAGAGUUAUUUCAAAAAUUGAUGGGAUGUUGGCUUUGGGAGACAAGGAGUACAUGAAUCAUGAUGGUCAGUCAUGGUGCUUUGGUCACGGGUCUGCAUGCUUUUUGCUGUACACCAAAAGGGUUUUGGCUGUGUCGGUCUGUUAGCUUUUGAUAUUUUUUGGUCUUUGACAACACGAAAUUGGUUCAAGAAGAUGGAUGUUUUUGUUUUUUUUUUUCUGGGGUCAUUCAAUCGGAAAGAUAAGCUUCUAC